GUGAGCGCUGGACAACGAAUGGAGCCGACCCGCGUGCCUCGCGGUCCAGGUCCGCGACUCGUCUUCCUCUUCGCCACGCUCGCGCUGACCUUCGCAGCGACGGGGCUGCUGUGCGGUGCGAUAAUGUCCGACUAUUGGGAGGAAAUCGGCUGGGACAAGAAAGAUCUUAUUCACGCAAAUGUCAGCCUCGCGUGGUACUUGGAUGGCCAGGUGGCCAUGCUGGAGUCUUCUGUUAAUUAUCGAGCUCACCGCGUCGCCAAGAGCUUCUUAGUACCUAUGCACGGCGGAAUCUGGAUUAUGUGUGUUUCUCUAUCAGAGGAAGAGAUACAACUGCUAAGUCAGGUGGGUUUCCCGCAAGAGAGAUGCAUCAAUUACUUGACGCCGGACGAGACGCACGAGGAGAUACGUGCAGCUUGGCAAAAUCGAAUGCAGAAUCUGAGUAUAUCGUGCUCCUUGGUGUGCCUAAUCAUAUUGGGUUGCGCCGCCCUUAUAGGAUUUUUGGGAUUAUGCAUGCAUCAGAUAUCAGCUGUGCUCGUAACAGGAGUGAUGUAUCUUCUCGCAGCGACAUUCGCACUGUUCACGUUAACCAUCAUACAUUUCAAGAGGGCUCAGGAUCAUCGGGGUGGCAUCAGAGCGGUGAACGGGCCAGAGGACGGUGUGAUCGGUAUGCCCGUUCAUCGCAGCGUCCUCAAAGCCAGACGCUUUACCACAGCGUGGAGCAUGGACCUGGGAUGGGGCGGAGUGACACUAUGCGCUCUCGCAUCGGUCGCUUGGAUCCUCCUGAGCAAAAUUAUGCGUUUCAGCCCGAUCUCCGCCAUGAUCGCGUAGCAGUGGGAUGCCUUCGAGGUCUAAAGUCGUUUCUGGAAUAGAAGGGGAAGAUUCACGAAGGACGAGGUUUGUGUGUUCCGGUGCUGCGACUCUCUUAGAUACUUGUCACACGUAUGGCCCCUCCUGAGGAAGUGGAAGUCGGGAUAUUUUGUAUGAUUAAAUGCUGGGAGCCCUCAAAGUCUUCCGAGGAGUAGGGAGAAUCGCAGGCCGGGACACUUCCCGAAGAAGAUGCGUCCAGAUACGACCGUCUCGAAGGCGACGAGUCUUCACUUUGUAUUAUUUCGUCUCGCACGAUAGCGGUGGAUGAGUCAAUAAUUAAAAAUACAUUGCGGAUGAUUAUUGGCUCGGUGCGAUAGAUGGCUUCCAAGAUAUUUAGCUAAGACGCUUCUCAGAGGGACAUACGCGUUUUACGCCUCAAAACUGGAACUGAAAUUUGCACUUGAAUGCAUCUCGUCGAUUUGUGUCGCUACACACGACCACUUUCGAACGCAUCAUGUUUCAACAGACCACGAAUAAGCUGGUCCAUAUAAUAGAGGAACGAUGCUUCCAAGAGUCACACAGAAUCAACGAAAAUAAGUAUUGCAACGUUAUUCCGACCUAGAGUUUUAUUUCUAUUAUAUAUAUAUAUAUAUAUAUGUAUGUAUAUAUAUAUAUAUAUAUAUGUAUACAUCUCUCUUUCUCUCUAAUAUAUAUGAAGCGUCUUACUAGAACGAUAUGCAUAUUUGCAAAGCAUAGAUAAACGCGUCAAUCGGCAGAGCGGAGCAUCUGAGCGUCAAUAUCUUUUACAGUAACAAUUACUCACAAUAUUACGGCAAAUGUUAUUUAAAAACUCCCUAGGUGUUCGAUUCGCAGUUGUUGAGAAGAAUUUUCAUGUCCUGUUUAGUAAAUGCGAUGAGCUUUUAGGGACUGCGAUAAAGUAACUCUUUAAAAACCAAUGCUAUAGAGAAAAAAAUCUUAAACGACCAUAAACUAAUUUCAGGUAGACGUUUUAGAUUCAGAAAAAUGAUGAAAUUAUUGAGAAGGACUCUAAAAACCACUAGCAGAAUUCUUGGAAGAAUCUUAUCAUAUUUGAUAAUAUAAUAAUCGCGGACAACGCUAUAAACCGUUGUUUAGACACUUCAGAUUUUCCUAAAAUUUCCCUUUAUUUCACAAGGUAUUAUCUAUGUCGUGUUUCGAUCUUGCACGAUGUAAAUUUUUUUAAACGGUGAAGUUUAUGUAUGCUGAGACUCAUAUUGCAUAACAAUUGCACAAAAUAACGAGAAAUACAUACAACAUCAGAUGUCCAGCUGUAUUUCGUCCAUUAAGAUUUGAGAAAUUGCCAGAUUUAAAGGAUUGUCGUGUUAUCUGAUACAUUUAAGAGGAGAGUUCCCAUUAAUAGUAAGACAGGUGUGCAGUUUUCCAACUAAGCAAUUAUGAUUGCCAUAUUUUUUACACGAAUUUUGUUAUCUGUUACAUUGAGAUUUAUGUAUUUAUAUAAGAACACAAUAAAGAAUAUGCAGAAAAUGUCCAUUUGAAAAAACAAGUGAGGGCCUCUCAGGACUUUUGAUACUAACUAUGAAAAAAAAUUAUGAUUGUGUAACGUGUCCUUAUGUAUCGUUGGUAAAAUUAAAUUUCUCCCAGCUUGCAUUGUUUUACAAAGUCUCGAGAUCCCGGAUCGCUACAUACAAAUGUGGAAAACAAGGCGUUUCUUAAAUCACACAACAUUUUGGAACAUAUUUUAUUGCAAGAGUCAAGAGUAAAUAUGUUUGGAUGAAAAUUAAUGUAAAAAAAAAAAUAUCGAGUCACUAAUGAGCAACUAUUUACGAUCGAUCUGUUCUUUUCAGUUAAACUGGCAGGACCAAGAAAUUUACACGCACUGAAGCAUGAGAAUUACACAAUACAUACGCUUUAAUGUAUAUGUAAAUUUCACGAACAAGUGUGCAGCCAAUUGAGCUAAAAAGAAUAUUCUCUUUUUUUUUCUUUUUAACGAGCCGAUAUGAACUACACGUCGCGACUACAGCUAGCACGACGCACAAGAACUGAUACGACAAUAAAAAAUAUACAAAUCUAGAUAAUGAAUCAUUCGAAUUAUGAUCUGUCUCCUCUGAAUUUCAUUCGU